AAAGAAAUAUGUUCCAAAUAUUGAUGUGUUGUCAUGACUAUGUCAUAUUGACAUAAACGUCAGGGAAUGUUUUGAUCCAAACGUUUUCAGGUUAUGAGUUCAUAAAAUUCAUUGAAAAAAAUCUUGUCCUUAUAAUGGUCCUCUUAGAAAAUGAUAUGUUCUUAACGGAACUAACAAAGUUAUUUCAAAAAGCCAGAGCAACUGGAUCUGUCUCCAUGACAUUCAAAAGAUAUGAUGGUAUCAAUAGGCCCGUGCCCAGAGAAGGAAGACCACCUUUACCAGAACCUCAAGAACAUAUGUGUUUGAUACGAGCUAAAUCUGGUUCAAAAAAGCUUGCUACAAUUAUUAAACAGAAAGACAUCAAUAAGUUUCAAGUAGCAUAUAGUAACUUAAUCAGAGGAAAUUUAGAUGGUUUGAAGAAACUGAAAAAACCAAAAAUUAAAAACAAAGCUGAAUAACUUGAUUAUUGAAGGACUAUUUUUGUUUAAUGUUAUUUAAUUCACAUAUAUUUUCGCUGAAGACACUUUGUGAAUUUUCUCACACUCCUUAAGAACCUACUCAUUUAAAAUAAAUAUAUGGUAUAGAACAUGCCAAGAAA